ACUUUUGUAUAUAAAUUUUUUGUUAGAGCGGAUAGAUUCAAACAUGACAAAUACGAAUGCAUCCAAUAAAGUAAGAAAACAAAAUUCCAUGAAGUGUCCGGGGCAUCUUUUCAUUUUCAGCCCACAAGAUAUUUUCGGAGUGACUGGCCACAUAAACAACUACCCAACGCGCAGCCUUAUUAGCUUUUCGAAAAACAUGCUCGAUCAGGAAGGCUCUCUCCCCCUCACCAUAACCUAAAUGUCAUGGUGGAUUGUCGCUGCUGUCACCUCCUGGCCCUUUACAUCCAACUAAUCACCGUGGCCAACUAUUUCUGCGGCUCUCUAUCCUGCCACGACACACCAUGGUGCCCCACGAACUGGGUUUCAUGACCUCAGCCAUAGCUCCUGCGCCAUGCAUCCAUAGCAUGAACUCAGCCAUAGCGUGGGAUCAUGCAUGAGCUCAGCAAUAUCUCCUGCGCCAUGCAUCCAUCGCAUCAUGAUCAUGCAUAAGGCCCAACAAAGACGCCGACCCCCAUUUUUUGACCCCCAAAAAAAGAGUCCAAAUGGUAAAGCUUUUAUCGAUUCCCACUUGUCGACGACUUGGAGAAAAGCUCUCGGUUCCCUUCCCCUUCCUUCAACCCCGAUGGCGAAUUCCGAGGACUCUCGUCGUCAACCCGUCCACCUCCUCCUCGUCCCGCUCCCGGCUCAGGGCCACCUCAUCCCCCUCCUCGACCUCGCCUGCCACCUCUCCAACCGCUUCGCCGCCGCCGGCGCCGCCCUCUCGCUCACCGUCCUCGUCACCCCCGCCAACCUCCCCCUCCUUGACUCCUUCUUCUCCGCCGUCCCUUCCGCCCGCCCCCUCGCCCUUCCCCUCCCUGCCCACCCCUCCCUCCCCGCCGGCGUCGAGCACGUACGCGACCUCCCCGCCCAGAUCUCCACUGCCACCCUCGUCCGCGCCCUCUCCCUCCUCAGCCCCGACGUCCUCCGCUGGGCCCGAUCCCAUCCCCACCCGCCCUCCGCCAUCCUCUCCGACUUCUUCCUCGGCUGGACCAACCGCCUCGCCGCCGAUCUAGCAGUCCCCCGCCUCGUCUUCUACUCCUCCGGCGCCUUCGCCGUCUCCAUCGUCGACCACGUCUGGCAACGCAUGCCCCGCCGCGAGGACGGCGACGGCCCCGCCGCCCUCACCGUCCUCUGCGACCUCCCCUCUUCCCCGGUCUUCCCCUUCGACCACCUCCCCGGCGUCUGGCGCCGGUUCAGGGCCGGCGACCCGGACUGGGAAGUCAUGCGGGAGGGCUUCCUCGCCAACGCCACCGGCAGCUGGGGGGCGGCCAUCAACACCUUCGACGCCCUCGAGGGCCCCUUCCUCGCGCACCUAAAGCGGGCCUACCCCCGCGUCUGGGCGGUGGGGCCCAUCUCCCCGGCUGGUCCUGCGGUGGGGCGCGGCGGCCGGAGCUCCAUCCCGGUGGAGGAGGUGGCGGCUUGGCUGGACGCGUGCCCGCCGCGGUCGGUGGUGUACGCCUGCUUCGGGAGCCAGUACACGCCGACGGAGAAGCAGGGGCGGGCGCUGGCGGCGGCGCUGGAGUGGAGCGGGGCGCGGUUCGUGUGGGCCGCCGGCGGCGACGGAGCGGUGGUGCCGGAGGGUUUCGAGGGGCGAGUGGCGGGGCGGGGGCUGGUGGUGCGGGGGUGGGCGCCGCAGGUGCAGAUACUGAACCACGGGGCGGUGGGGGCGUUCGUGACGCACUGCGGAUGGAACUCGGUGCUGGAGGCGGCGGCGGCGGGAGUGACGCUGCUGGCAUGGCCGAUGGGGGCGGACCAGUUCGUGAACGCGAGGCUGCUGGUGGAGGAGUUGGGGGUGGCGGUGAGGGUCGGGGAGGGGGUGGAGGGGACGCCGGAGCCGGAUGAUCUGGCGAGGGUGAUGGUGGAGGCGGUGGCGGAGGGGGCGUGGCCGGAGAUGAGGGUCCGGGCGACUGAGCUGGGGAGGGCGGCGGCGGAGGCGGUGGCAGAAGGGGGGAGCUCGUACCGGGCUCUGGAGCAAAUGGCCAAGGAGCUCUCCGAAGCUGCGUACGUAGAAAUGAAGUGAUCUAUAAAAUUAACUAAUAUUUGGAAUCCAUGGAUGUACUAUGAGGAAGGGAUUAUGACUGCUCUUGGUAGAAGGAAUAAUAUUUGUUUUUGGAGGAUGGACAAUUUAUUUCAUAAAAUAUAUUUUUUUUUUCUAAA